AUGAAGUGUUCGGUUUGGCUAUGCCUUUGCCCAUGCAUCUUGUGGAUAUUGCUACGAAGCAGAGCUCGACCUUCAAAGGAUGUGUCGUUUGUCAGCUGUGCCAAGCUUGACGCCACAGCGCCAAGCACGCAUGUACAUAAGCACGGCUGCACGAUUUCAGUUCGCAACACGGCUCUGGCUGACUGGAACACAUGCGGCGUUGCAAUGUGUGGUGUGUUUGCUGCAUUGAGCUGCCGACGCAGCCUGUCCAACCAUGGUAGUCACCGUUUGCGAUGUGGUGGGCGACCAACUUCAAACACAGUCCGUUUGGCGACUGGCAGUGAUGUUGGUGUGGUGCUUCUUUCGGCGGGAGUUGGCAAGCGCAUGGGUGCCAGCAUACCGAAGCAGUACAUCAAAUUGAUGGGAUUGGAAAUUGCUUUGCACUCACUCGACACAUUCUUGGCUUGCGAUGUUGCUGAAAUUGUGAUUGUUUGUGCGGAAGAUUGGAAGUUUGUGUUCGAAGACCAUCUGAAGAAGAAAGGUCCAGUUGAAGUUGACGUCAAAUUCACAACAGGUGGCGACGAACGACAAGAUUCAGUAAACAACGGUCUUGCCAAGAUCCAGGCCCCCAUCGUAGCCAUACAUGAUGCAGCCCGGCCACUCGUCACGAAGGAUGAGGUGGAGAAAGUGGUGGCAGAUGCCCGGGAACAUGGUGCGGCCUUACUUGCUGUUCGGACCAAAGCCACAAUCAAACAGGCAGUCAGCGAGUCAAAGGCAUUUGUUGAGGGGACUCCUCAACGGAAACUUCUAUGGGAAGCGCACACGCCGCAAGUCAUUCAAAGCGAGUUGUUGCGCAAAGGUUUCGAGAAGGCCGAGAAAGAGGGUUUGGAAGUGACUGAUGAUGUGUCAUUGGUCGAGCAACUGGGUGAGAAAGUCAAGCUGACAGAAGGCGAGUAUACAAACAUCAAGGUGACCACGCCUGAGGACAUUGCAGUUGCAGAGACCAUCUUGAAAGAACGUGGUUUUGUGCCACCAACAGAAUGA